GUGAACGUGCCUGGCAUAGCUUUUGUUGUUGUGCAGAGAUGGAAGGCGCUGGACAGCCGCUUGACGGACGCUGCCAACGAGGCGCGGGACAACGUGAAGUACCUGUACGCGCUGGAGAAGUACUGCGUGCCGCUGUACCGCGGUGACCCGUUCGCCAUCGACUCUCGGCUCGCCAGCCUCAUGUACUGCGUCCGCAACAUCUUCACCGUCUCCCGCCACUACAACACCACCGAGCGCAUCUCCACUCUGCUCUACAAGGUAACCAACCAGAUGGUGAUCGCGUGUAGAGGAUAUCUGACAAAUUACGACAAGAGCGAUAUUUAUAAACAGACGAAAAGAGAAGUUGUAAAUAAAAUAGAGGUUUGCAUACAGCUUUACAUCAAUUACUACGCCUGUUUUCAAGAAAUAAAACGAGAGAUCAAGAAGAGCCAUAACGAACGGCCCUUCGACGUUUCCGACCAUCAUGUUUUCAUAAAAUUUGAGACUUUCAAAGCAAGGCUUGUUAAGAUAGAAGAUUUGUUACAAACUGCUCUAACAUAUUCGAUCCUCAAGAGUUCCAAAAUCGAAGGAAUCGACCAAUUUGCCAAAAAAUUCGACCAAAUGUACGAGAAGGUCCGGUACCAGAAGUACGAUCCGCUAGAGCACCGGAAGCCGGACUUCGACAUCGACUACAGCACCUUCAAGGAGAGUGUGCUGGAGACGGAGGAGGAGCUGCGGCAGUUCCUGGAAGCGCUGCUCAGCGACACUCCGGACGUCAGGCAGUCGCUGCUCGUGCUGGCCAGGUUUGAGAAACUAGGUCUCGAGUGCCUGAAGCUCGACGAGAAGUACCUGGAGGUGCUAGAGAAGUUCCAGAACCAGAUCAACGACGUGAAGGAGCGCUACAGGUCUGAGUGGGAGGCGCCGCCCCUCCCACACAAUAUGCCGCCUGUGGCGGGCCGUGUCGUCUGGUUACGACAACUGCUCGACCGUGUCGAGCAGCCCAUGAAGAUCUUUGAGAAGUACCGACUGUGCGACCUGAAGGAGUCCCGUGUGGACGCGGUGCUGGAGAGCAUGUCGGAGGUGCGCGUGCUGGGGCUGUCCGAGGGCGCGGUGCAGGUGGCGGACCUGCUGCGCGUGGCCGAGCAGGCGCGCGACAAGGCCAUCGAGCAGCUGCAGCUGCGGUCGCGCUGCGCAGAGGACGCCGUGCUCGAGCUCAUCAACCGCUUCAUCGCGCCGCUGCCGCUGCCCGAGGAGAAGUACCGCUGGCUGGACCCCGAGAAAGUCAACAAGGCGCCCGCCUCCGCCGCCAAGUUCACCGAGGACAUGCUGUUCCAGGAAGUGGACGUCGCCAACAUGGAAAUAUCUGCUGUUCAGCUGGAAUGUAUGAAGCUCUUCGUGUACUUCAACCUGCGCGUGAAUGAUGCGCUGAUAAGAGCGACCAGGAAGUCUCUCGAAGUUUUUGAGACCCGCGCUCUCGCUUUGGGGUCGCCGCCCAGCCAGCCGCCGCUGCUGCAGGCGCACCUGGUGCUGACGCUGCCCACGGCGACUCUGCAGCCGACGCUGGAAGAGCUGCAGGCGGGCGUGGCGAAAACGCUGACCACGGCGCUCGACACGCAUCGCAGCAUUCUGCUCUGGGGGCAGCGCUCCACGGCCCCAGAUUGCCAUGGUGACGGCUUCAGCCCCUCCGACCCCACAGAACAGCAGGAUCACAAGCAGACAGCCGCUGCCGAUUCCCAGCCAGUAGAGCUGAUGGAGUCAGCACCGAGUGCCGCAGCAGCCACUAACAGCCACAAACAGCCGAUGGUAUUUCAUGGUGACUGGGCGGACGACUGUGAGGUAAACUCCUUGCCCAUCGUGUCGGACGGCACGGGGGAAAUUUACCCCACCAGUGUUGAUACUUUCCCGCCAUCAGAUACAGUGAUGAGACAGCCUUACAAGGAGGGUGCCGACUUCGCUGCAAUAGCAUCUUAUGGCAAGAACUACUUCCGCAGCGUCAUCGCUGACAACGAUGUGGACCGCACGAUGUCGACACUGAGGAAUGUUGUCACAAUGCUCAAACCGGAAGUCAACAAACUCAUAGAUCAUUAUUUGACGUAUGCUUACUUGUGGGAUGAUGACCGAGAGGAGAAAGUCAUAAAAUUUGUGGAAAAGGAUCCAAUUAUACAGGAGAUAAAGGAAGAAUUUGAGAAAUAUGAAGAGACAAGCGAACAGAUAAGGAGAAUUCCGGACGUACACGUCAUAAGAACGCUGGAAAUUGUCAUGGACAAAUUCAAGGAGGCGCUGCUGAAGGAAUCGAUGGCGUGGAAGAUCCUGUUGGGCAAGUACCUGAGCCUGGCUUACCGCGCCAAGCUGGCGGAGAUGAUGGAGUUCAUCAAGGAGAAGUCGAGCGUGCUGCAGCGCAAGGUGAAGGACCUGGACGACGUGCGCGUGGCCAUGGCGUGCCUGGAGGCGGUGCGCCAGAACUUCCUGCGGCUGGACAUGGCCAUCGGGCCCGUCGAGGAGGUGUACGCCACGUUCGAGCACUACGGCGUGGACGUGCCGCGCGAGGACGCCGAGCGCGCGGACUCGCUGCGCUACGCCUUCAACAACCUGCAGCUCAGCGCCAACCAGGUGCAGCAGCUGCUCGUCGAGGUGCAGCACCCCUUCCUGCAGGAGCUGCUCCAGGGCGUCACGACCUUCGACCAGGAGGUGCGCGACUUCGACGUGGACUUCGACGCGAACGGGCCGAUGGUGCCCGGUCUGCCGGCGCGCGAAGCCAGCGACCGGUCGCGCCUCUUCCAGGCGCGCUUCGACGACCUGUGGGAGCGCUUCGAGCGCUUCAGCGACGGCGAGCGCCUCUUCGGCCUGCCCGUCAACGACUACCCCAUCCUGCACAACCGCAAGAAGCAGCUCAACCUCCUCGGCAAGCUGUACGGCCUCUACUUGCAGGUCAUGAAGUCCGUGGACGGCUACUUCGAACUCCUCUGGUCAGACGUCGAUAUCGAGGCCAUCAUCACCGAAAUCACCGACUUCCAAAGCCGCUGCCGCAAGCUCCCGAAGGCAAUGAAGGACUGGCCCGCUUUCCUUGACCUGAAGCAAAAGAUCGAUGACUUCAACGAGUCCAUUCCAUUGCUGGAGCUCAUGGCGAACAAAGCCAUGAAAGAGCGACACUGGCAAAGACUGUCUAAGCUCAUGACCUACCACUUCGACAUAGAAGCAGAAGAUUUCAAACUGAGAAACGUGAUGGAAGCGCCGCUGCUGAAGUAUAAGGAUGACGUCGAAGACAUUUGCGUUAGCGCCAUCAAGGAGAAGGACAUAGAAGCCAAACUGAAUCAGGUAAUCGCCGACUGGUCUACAGUCCAGCUGCAGUUCGCGUCAUUCAAAGGUCGUGGAGAACUGCUGCUGAAGGGAACGGAAACGAGUGAAAUCGUAUCCGCGCUCGAGGACAGCCUGAUGGUGUUGGGCUCGUUGCUCACCAACAGAUACAACGCGCCCUUCAAGAAAGACAUCCAGACGUGGGUGCACAACUGCAGCGCCACGUCGGAGAUCCUCGAGUACUGGAUGCAGGUGCAGAACCUCUGGGUCUACCUGGAGGCGGUGUUCGUCGACGGCGACAUCGCCAAGCAGCUGCCCACAGAAUCGAAGAAAUUCAUGGCUAUUGACAAGUGGUGGACGAAGAUAAUGCAGCGCGCUAGGGAGAAGCCGGGAGUCAUCGAGUGCUGCGUGAGCGACGAAACUAUGGGUCAGCUGCUGCCGUACCUGCUCGAGCAGCUCAACAGUUGCCAGAAGUCCCUGACGGGCUACCUCGAAUCCAAGAGGCUCAUCUUCCCGAGGUUCUUCUUCAUCUCUGACCCAUCGCUCCUCGAGAUCCUCGGUCAGGCUUCAGAUUCACACAGCAUCCAAAGCCAUCUGGUCGACGUCUUCGAUAAUACCGCUGAGGCGGUGUUCCACGAGAGAGAUUACGAUCGUCUGAUCGCGGUGAAGUCGCGAGAAGGCGAGCAAAUCACGCUGGAGCACGAGGUGGUGUGUGUGGGCGGAGUGGAGUUGUGGCUGGGCGCGCUCCUCAACGAACAGAAGAACUCGCUGGGCCAGAUCAUCGCCGCCUGCUACGCCUAUCUCAACGAUCCUGAGUAUGACUUCCUCGAAAUGACGAGGCGGUUCCCCUCUCAGGUUGGGCUGCUAGGCAUUCAAAUGUAUUGGACCAGAGAGGCAGAGAAUGCCAUUAAGCUUUCCAGAGUGGACAGAAACAUCAUGCGUGCUACGAACCAAGCUUUCCUAGACCUACUGAACUUGAUCAUCGAGCAGACCAUAAAGGAUCUCACCAAGUACCAACGCGUUAUGUACGAGACGCUUGUGACCAUUCAUCUACACCAGCGCGACAUCUUCGACGCCCUCGUCAAAAUGAGGGUACGCGUCAUCACCGACUUCGAAUGGCUGAAGCAGGCGCGGUUCUACUUUUACGAGGACACGGACGAGUGCAUAGUGAAAAUAACGGACGUGGACUUCAUUUACCAGAACGAGUUCCUCGGUUGCACCGAGAGGCUGGUGAUCACGCCGCUCACGGACAGGUGUUACAUCACUCUGGCGCAGGCCAUCGGUAUGUCUCUGGGCGGAGCUCCGGCAGGGCCCGCAGGGACGGGCAAGACGGAGACCACCAAGGACAUGGGCAGGGCGCUCGGCAAGUACGUCGUCGUCUUCAACUGCUCCGACCAGAUGGACUUCCGCGGGCUGGGCCGCAUCUUCAAGGGGCUGGCGCAGUCCGGGUCGUGGGGCUGCUUCGACGAGUUCAACAGGAUCGAGCUGCCCGUGCUCUCUGUGGCGGCGCAGCAGAUCGCCAUCGUCCUCGCGGCUAAGAAACAGCGAAAGACGGCGUUCAUCUUCAGCGACGGCGACAACGUGCCGCUCAACCCGGAGUUCGGGCUCUUUCUGACUAUGAACCCCGGAUACGCUGGGCGGCAGGAACUGCCCGAGAAUCUGAAGAUCAACUUCCGCACCGUGGCGAUGAUGGUCCCUGACAGGCAGAUCAUCAUCAGGGUGAAGCUCGCCAGUUGCGGUUUCAAGGAGAACAUCGUGCUGUCUAGGAAAUUCUACACGCUUUACAAGCUCUGCGAGGAACAACUGUCGAAGCAAGUCCACUACGAUUUUGGCUUGCGGAAUAUCUUGUCGGUCCUGAGGACGCUGGGCGCACAGAAACGUGCACAUCCGGACGAUUCGGAGAACACGUGUGUGAUGCGCGUUCUCAGAGAUAUGAAUCUGUCCAAAUUGGUCGAUGAAGAUGAGCCUCUGUUUAUCUCGUUAAUUGAAGAUUUGUUCCCAGGCAUCAAGCUGAGUACAUCCACAUACAAAGACCUUCAGCGGGCAAUUGCCCUAGCCUGUGAAGAAAUGCAGUUGGUCAACCAUCCCGAAUGGAAUCUGAAGGUGGUGCAGUUCUACGAGACGUCGCUGGUGCGGCACGGCCUGAUGGCGCUGGGGCCCACUGGUGCGGGCAAGACGACGUGCAUCCACUGCCUGAUGCGCUCGCUCACUGAGAUGGGCAUGCCCCAUCGCGAGAUGCGCAUGAACCCCAAGGCCAUCACGGCGCCACAGAUGUUCGGCCGCCUCGACGUCGCCACCAACGACUGGACUGACGGCAUCUUCUCCACCCUCUGGCGCAAGACGCUCAAGGCCAAGAAGACGGACUACAUCUGGCUGGUUCUCGACGGGCCUGUCGACGCCGUCUGGAUCGAGAACCUCAACUCUGUGCUCGACGAUAACAAGACGCUGACGCUGGCCAACGGCGACCGCAUCACGAUGGCUCCCAACUGCAAGUUGCUGUUCGAGCCGGACAACGUGGACAACGCCUCGCCGGCGACGGUGUCGCGCAUGGGGAUGGUCUUUAUCAGCGCCUCCUCUCUGCGCUGGAGGCCAAUCGUAGAGGGCUGGCUGCGCAAGCGUUCCGAGGGCGAGUACGCCGUGCUGUCGCACCUCUUCGAUGGCAUCUACGAUGACCUGCACACCUUCGUGCAGGUCCGCCUGCACGCCAAGAUGCCCAUACUAGAGGCGAUAUAUAUUCGCCAGUGCGUCGACGUUUUGCAGGGCCUCAUCGAAAGGACAGGAGGGGAUGCAAAUAUCAGCGACCUACACCUCCAGCGGCUGUUCUUGUUUGCUCUUAUGUGGAGCCUGGGUGCUGUUCUGGAAUUGGACGACAGAGACAAAUUGGAGGAGUUCGUUCUCGAACACCCGACCAGGUACAAAUGGCCUAAACUCAACGAAGGGGAUUCGAUUUUCGAGUUCAUGGUGAACGAAGAAGGCGAAUGGCAACACUGGUCAGAAAGAGUGGAAGAGUACAUCUACCCCUCAGACUCAGUCCCAGACUACUCGAGCAUACUGGUGCCAAACGUGGACAAUGUGCGCUCGACAUAUCUCAUGGACACCAUUGCCCGGCAAGGGAAAGCUGUAUUAUUUAUCGGUGAGCAAGGAACGGCUAAGACGGUAAUGGUGAAGGGUUACAUGUUGAACUACGACCCGGAAUUUCACCUGCAAAAGAGUCUUAACUUCUCCUCCGCCACAACGCCAAAUAUGGUUCAGAGAACAAUAGAGAGUUAUGUAGACAAGAGAGUUGGCACGACCUACGGACCACCAGGUGGUCGUAAGAUGACCAUAUUCAUUGACGAUAUCAAUAUGCCUGUAAUCAACGAAUGGGGUGACCAAGUAACGAAUGAAAUAGUCCGUCAGCUUAUGGAGAUGAAAGGUUUCUAUUCCCUGGACAAACCGGGAGAUUUCUCAACCAUAGUGGACAUACAAUUGUUAGCGGCUAUGAACCAUCCCGGUGGCGGCAGGAACGACAUACCUCCACGACUUAAGAGACAAUUCAACGUCUUCAACUGCACAUUACCGUCCAAUCGUUCUAUGGAUAAGAUAUUCAGUGUGAUAGGCAUGGGUUAUUUCUGUAUCGAACGAUUCAAGCAGGAAAUUGUUGAUUUUGUACCAAAACUCGUGCCUUUAACUCGUCGACUUUGGCAACAGACAAAAAUCAAAAUGCUCCCGACUCCGGCGAAGUUCCAUUACGUAUUUAAUCUACGAGAUUUGUCCCGUAUCUGGGGAGGCAUGCUGUACAUACAAGACGCUGAGCUUCCUGAUAUCAGAACUUUGCUGAAGUUGUGGAUGCACGAAUGUAAGCGCGUCAUUUCCGAUCGCUUUACUAACGAAGCCGAUCGCGCUUGGUUCGACCUGAACAUAAGAAGCUGUAUAAAAUCUGAACUGACCGAAGAAGAUAUUCAGCAUUUCGACCCCGAAGAGGAGUACUUCGUCGAUUUUCUCCGCGAACCUCCGGAGCCUACGGGCGAAGAAGGUGAAGAAGACCUGUCUCUCGAAGCUCCGAAGAUCUAUGAGAAAAUACCGAGUUUCGAGUUCGUGACGGACAAAGUGCGCACUUUCAUGGCGGGUUACAAUGAGACAGUACGCGGAGCUCAGAUGGACUUGGUGUUUUUCCGAGACGCUCUCAUCCACCUGAUGAUCAUCUCGCGCAUCAUCCGGACUCCACGCGGCAGCGCCAUGCUGGUCGGCGUGGGUGGAUCUGGCAAGCAAUCUCUGACGCGGCUGGCCACUUUCAUCGCAGGCUACCGCUGCUUCCAGAUCACCCUCACUCGCGCCUACAGCACCAGCAACUUCCUGGAAGACCUCAAGCUCUUGUACAGGGCGGCGGGCUUCGAAGGAGUCGGCGUCAGCUUCGUCUUCACCGACAAUGAGAUCAAAGAAGAAUCUUUCCUAGAGUACCUUAACAACGUGCUGAGUGCUGGAGAGGUGGCGAAUUUGUUCGCGAAGGACGAAAUAGACGAGAUAACGGGGGAACUUAUCCCAGUGAUGAAGGCGAAGGCGCCGAAGAGACCCCCGACGGCGGACAACUUGUACGAUUUCUUCAUAUCGAGAUCAAGAUCCAACAUUCAUUUGGUGCUGUGCUUCUCGCCGGUGGGCGAGAAAUUCCGCUCACGGGCACUGAAGUUCCCGGGGCUGAUCUCGGGGUGUACUAUGGACUGGUUCUCCCGAUGGCCGCGGGAUGCGCUAGUCGCCGUCUCUAACCACUUCCUGCAGGAAUUCUACAUCGUCUGCUCACCAAACGUCAAGCAGCAAUUAAUCGAAGUGAUGGGAGACGUCCACGAUGGAGUGGCAGACACAUGCAUCCAGUACUACGAGCGCUUCCGCAGGCAGACCUACGUCACCCCCAAGUCUUUCUUGUCGUUCUUGGACGGAUACCAGAAGAUCUACACGGGACGCAGGGAGAACAUCGAGAUGAUGGCGUCUCGCAUGAACACGGGGCUCGGAAAGUUGGUGGAGGCAGCGGCAAGCGUCGACCUGCUGCGCAAAGACCUAGAGGUGAUGGAGGUGGAGAUCAAGAAGGCGUCGGCACGCGCCGAAGAGGUGCUGGUCGUGGUGACAGCGUCCGCUGAGGCUGCGGAGGUGGUCAAAGCGGAGGUGCAAGUAGUGAAGGACCGCGCUCAGGCGCUCGUCGACGUCAUCGCCGUGGACAAGGCAGAGGCCGACAAGAAACUAGUAGCGGCCAUGCCUGCGCUGGAGGCAGCCGAAGCAGCUCUGCUCACCAUUAAGGCGGCUGACAUCGCCACGGUGAGGAAGCUGGGCAAGCCUCCGUACCUCAUCACACUCAUCAUGGACGCCGUGCUGAUCCUCUUCCAAAAGAAGCUUGACCCAGUCAAGCCUGACAUGGAGAAGCAGUUCCUCGUACCAUCCUGGACCGAAUCCCUCAAGUGCAUGGCAGACUCGCGCUUUCUGUUUAACCUGCAAAACUUUCCCAAAGACAGGAUUAAUGCCGAGAUGAUCGACCUGCUGAUGCCGUAUCUGGACUCGCCGUUGUACACGUACGAGGCGGCGAAGCAGGCGUGCGGCAACGUGGCGGGUCUGCUGCAGUGGACGGUGUCCAUGACGUCUUUCUACGCCGUCAACAAGGAGGUGCUGCCGCUGAAGGCCAACUUGGCCAUUCAGAUGGCAAAGCUGAGUGCCGCCGAGAAGGAGCUCAACGAGGCGCAGGCCUUGCUCGACGAGAAGCAGCGCGAACUGGACGCCGUCAAAGCGCAGUUCGACAAGGCCAUGUCCGAGAAGCAGGCGGUGCUGGACGAGGCAGAGCGCUGCAAGAACAAGAUGGACGCAGCUACGGCGCUGAUCGACGGUCUGGCGGGCGAGCGAGUGCGCUGGACGGAGCAGUCGGCGCUGUUCAAGGCGGAGAUAGACCGGCUGGUGGGCGACGUGCUGCUGCUCACCGGCUUCCUGUCCUACACGGGGCCCUUCAACCAGGAGUACCGCGCCCUGCUCGUGCACUCCUGGAUCACCAUGCUCAGCAAGCGCUCCAUCCCCUACACCGCCAACCUCAACAUCACUGACUGCCUCGUGGACACCGCCACUAUCGGUGAAUGGAACCUGCAGGGACUGCCCAACGACGAGCUGUCCAUACAGAAUGGUAUCAUCGUAACCAAGGCAGCCCGCUACCCGCUGCUGAUUGACCCACAGACCCAGGGCAAGUCGUGGAUCCGCAACAAGGAGAGGGACAACGAGCUGCAGAUCACCACGCUCUCCCACAAGUACUUCCGAAAUCACGUCGAGGACUGCGUGUCGUUGGGAAGGCCCUUGCUGAUCGAGGACGUGGGCGAGGAACUCGACCCCAUGCUCGACAACGUACUCGAGAAGAAUCACAUCAAGAUGGGAUCCACUUACAAGGUGAAAGUGGGAGACAAAGAGGUGGAUGUGAACGACGAUUUCCGGAUGUACAUCACGACGAAGUUGGCCAACCCGGCGUACACACCGGAGAUAGCGGCGCGCACAUCGAUCAUCGACUUCACGGUGACGAUGAAAGGCCUGGAGGACCAGCUGCUGGGUCGCGUCAUCCUGUCUGAGAAGAGAGAGCUCGAGACGGAGCGAACGGCGCUCAUCACCGACGUCACCGCCAACAAGCGCAAGAUGCAGGAGCUUGAAGCAAAUCUUCUGUACAAGCUAACCACGGUGCAAGGGUCACUGGUGGACGACGAGACGGUGAUCGAGGUGCUGAACGUGACCAAGAACACAGCGGCUGAGGUGCGCGAGAAGCUGACGGUGGCCGCAGAGACGGAGAUCAAGAUCAACACGGCUCGUGAGGAGUUCCGGCCAGUGGCGACGCGGGGCAGCGUACUCUAUUUCCUGAUCGUCGACAUGGCCAUGGUCAACUGCAUGUACCAGACGUCCCUGGUGCAGUUCCUCGAGCGCUUUGACAUCUCCAUGCAGCGCUCUGAGAAGAGCCUCGCGACGUCCAAGCGGAUAGCGUCCAUCAUAGAGUACAUGACAUUCGAACUGUUCCGGUACAAGUGCCGCGGCUUGUACGAGGACCACAAGUUCAUGUUCACCCUGCUGCUGUCGCUCAAGGUAGACAUGGAGCGGGAGUACGUGUCGCACGAGGAGUUCAACACAUUCAUCAAAGGGGGUGCGGCGCUCGAUCUGAAUGCCGUGACUCCCAAACCCGUCCAGUGGAUCACAGAUAUGGCGUGGCUCAACCUGGUGCAGUUGUCCAACCUUCGUCAUUAUCAGUACAUCUUGCAACAAGUGGCUGUGAACGAGAAAGCUUGGCGAGCGUGGUACGAUAAGGAGGCACCCGAGGAGGAGGUGAUGCCAGACGGUUACGAGUCGCUGGACGUGUUCCGGCGGCUGAUGCUGGUGCGGGCGUGGUGCCCGGACCGCACGCUGGCGCAGUCGCGCAAGUACGUGGCGGCGUCACUGGGGCAGCGGUACGCGGACCCGGUGGUGACGGUGAUGGAGCCGAUGCUGGAGGAGUCUCGCGCGCUCACGCCGCUGGUGUGCCUGCUGAGUAUGGGCAGUGACCCCACGCCGCUCAUCGAGGGGCUGGCCCGCCGCCUCGAGGUGCCUUGCAGCGCCAUCUCCAUGGGGCAGGGCCAGGAGGUGCACGCCAGGAAGCUGCUCACCGCCAGCAUGCACCAGGGAAGCUGGAUUCUUCUUCAGAAUUGCCAUCUGGGAUUAGAUUAUAUGCAAGAGCUGUUUGUUAACCUAUCAGAAAUAGAGAGUUGUGAUCCAAACUUUCGUUGUUGGAUUACUACAGAAGUUCAUGUUAAUUUUCCAAUUUCAUUGCUGCAAAUUUCAAUCAAAUUUACAAAUGACCCUCCACAAGGGAUGAGGGCUGGACUGCGCCGCACAUAUGGAACAGUAUCCCAAGAUGUACUUGAGUAUACCAACCAACCACAAUACUUGCCCAUGUUAUAUGCCAUCUCCUUCUUACAUUCUGUAGUACAAGGGCGAAGAAAGUUUGGUCCACUUGGUUGGAAUAUUCCAUAUGAAUUUAACAGUGCUGAUUGGUAUGCAUGCACCUUAUUUAUACAAAAUCAUAUGGAUGAUAUGGAUCCAAAGACUGGUGUGAGCUGGAAUACUGUUAGGUACAUGAUUGGUGAAGUUCAGUAUGGUGGCCGAGUUACAGAUGAUUUUGACAAAAGAUUACUGAACACAUUUGCUAAAGUGUGGUUUUUGGAGGACAUGUUUUCAGACUCAUUUGAAUUUUUCAAAGGCUAUGGCAUUAUGAAGUUCAAAAACCUAGAAGAAUACUUUCAGGCAAUAGAUGACAUGCCUCCCAUUGAUCCCCCACAAGUAUAUGGCCUUCAUGCAAAUGCUGACAUUACAUAUCAGAGCAAUACAACUAAAAUGAUUCUGGACACAAUUUUAAGUAUACAGCCCAAGGAAUCUGGUGGCUCUGGAGGCGAAACACGAGAAGCUGCUGUUGCUCGCCAGGCAAUUGACAUGUUACAAAAGCUACCUCCUGAUUAUGAUCCUAAUGAUGUCAAAGAAAGGUUGAGAAUUAUGGGGAGUCUGUCAUCCAUGAAUAUUUUUCUACGACAGGAGAUAGAUAGAAUGCAACGAGUUAUCAAACUGGUGCGUGCUACACUCAAAGAUCUCCUGUUGGCUAUAGAAGGCACAAUCAUAAUGAAUGAGGCACUUAGAGAUGCAUUAGAUAAUAUUUAUGAUGCCCGUGUACCAACUACAUGGAAAAGAGGUUCAUGGGCUUCUUCAACGUUAGGCUUCUGGUUCACAGAGCUUCUAGAACGAAAUGCUCAGUUUUCUGCCUGGAUAUGGGUGAAACGCCCUGUAUCAUUCUGGAUGACAGGAUUUUUUAAUCCCCAAGGUUUCCUGACAGCAAUGAGACAGGAGGUAGCAAGAGCACAUAAGGGCUGGGCAUUGGACGUUGUUACCUUACACAAUGAGGUGACAAAGCUUGCAUUGGAAGAAGUUCGAAUUCCACCAGUUGAGGGUGUAUAUGUGCAUGGUCUAUUUCUUGAAGGUUGUGGCUGGAACAAAAGAGCUGUAAAACUAGUUGAGUCUCGCCCAAAACAGUUGUUUGUCAGUAUGCCAGUAGUCCAUGUGUUUGCAAUUAACAGCACAGCACCUAAGGAUCCUAAACUGUAUAUGUGUCCAGUUUACAAAAAGCCAAAUCGAACAGAUUUGACAUUCAUUACUCCAUUGUGGCUCCCUAGUGACAAACCACCGGAUCAUUGGGUACUACGAGGAGUUGCAUUACUAUGUGAUAUAGCGUAAUUUUAGCUAUUGUGUCUUCCUCUCCAGACACGUAUUUUGUGCAAUUUUGAUAUAAAUGUAUUUUUGAGAUAAUGUACAUAUAACUAAAAAUGCAUGCAAUGAUUUUAUAAA